AUGUCAGCCAUAAAUAUUCAAACGUUUGUCGAUCAGCAAGAAUGGAAAUUGCAUGAACAUGUGGAAGUCACGAAACGUAUACUGAAGCAAGAAUACUCCAGUUCCAUGAAGAAUCACGCAUGUCUGUCGGUAACUUGUCGGGCGGCUCGAAGGCCAGGCUACUUCUAUUGGAACGUUUUUCUUAUUAUGCCGCACCGAUCAUGUCCCAACACCGGAAUGUACAUGGGCCCUAGGAAUCUUCACCCGAGCAGUGCGUUCACUGCAAUUGUGCACGAAGAGACAGAAUAUGACGGUUAUUUAGACGAACUUGACGAACCCGCAAGAUCCCGUCGUUUCACAUGA